AUGUUGUUCAAUCAUGAGAUGAUUUUUGAAUCCAGAAUAUGGAAAAGGAGGAACUUGGGAGAGAUUGAAGGCACAGGUAAAAUGUCCAUAUUGGAGGUUAUGAACAACCUUUCAUGCAACCAAACACCCAGGAUGUCUGGUAUUGUUGUGGAAGUAAAUUUGGUGUUGGGAUUGGAGGUGGGGUUGUAUUUGGAUUCCGUUUUUGCUGAAGGAGCUGGGGUAGGUGGGGCAAAUGUGCUUGGGUUUUGGGCGUUGUCUCAGAAUGCAGCAAGAUCACAGAAAAAAGGUGAAUUUGUUGUUUCAUUCCUGGGGUUGAUCUUCCAUCCCAAUCGACCCAUCCUUUUGCUUUUCUUUGUUGCUACGUAUUCUGAGAUGUGUUUUGCACGCUUUAGUGCUGCUAUAUUUUCUCCUUUUGGCUGGCUUAAGCUGGGGACGUGGAGUGAAGCGGAUCGUGCUGACAUUGGUUCAAUGGAGAUGGAAUUUUUCUCUGAUUAUGGCGAUGCCAACAGGUACAAAAUUCAAGAGGUCAUUGGGAAAGGAAGUUAUGGUGUUGUUUGUUCAGCUAUUGACACUCAUACUGGCGAGAAAGUAGCAAUUAAAAAGAUUCAUGAUAUCUUCGAGCAUGUAUCAGAUGCUGCACGUAUUCUCCGUGAGAUAAAGUUACUAAGACUUCUUCGACAUCCUGAUAUUGUUGAAAUUAAGCAUGUUAUGUUGCCUCCUUCGAGGAGGGAUUUUAAAGAUAUUUAUGUUGUUUUUGAGCUAAUGGAGUCUGAUCUGCAUCAAGUCAUUAAAGCCAAUGAUGACUUAACAAAGGAGCACUAUCAAUUUUUUCUUUACCAGUUACUUCGAGCAUUGAAGUAUAUUCACACUGCAAAUGUCUAUCAUCGAGACUUGAAGCCAAAGAACAUAUUAGCCAAUGCAAACUGUAAACUUAAAAUAUGUGAUUUUGGGUUAGCUAGAGUUGCUUUUAGUGACACACCAACAACUGUAUUUUGGACGGAUUAUGUUGCUACAAGGUGGUAUAGAGCACCAGAGCUCUGUGGAUCCUUUUACUCAAGGUAUACUCCAGCAAUUGAUAUUUGGAGUAUAGGUUGCAUCUUUGCUGAAGUAUUAAUAGGAAAACCCCUUUUUCCUGGAAAAAAUGUUGUCCAUCAGUUGGAUCUGAUGACAGAUCUGCUUGGUACUCCCUCACUGGAUACUAUAUCCCGGGUACGCAAUGAUAAGGCACGGAGAUACCUGACUAGUAUGAGGAAAAAGCAGCCUAUACCAUUUGCACAAAAAUUUCCUAAUGCAGAUCCAUUAGCACUACGCCUACUAGAAAAGUUGCUAGCCUUUGAUCCAAAAGACCGGCCUACUGCCGAAGAGGCAUUAGCUGAUCCUUAUUUCAAGGGACUUGCGAAAGUUGAGAGGGAACCAUCAUGCCAGCCUAUUACAAAAAUGGAGUUUGAAUUUGAAAGAAGAAGAGUCACAAAGGAAGAAAUUGGAGAGUUGAUUUUUCGUGAGAUUCUAGAGUAUCAUCCUCAACUAUUGAAAGACUACAUGAAUGGAACAGAGAGAACUAAUUUUCUUUACCCAAGUGCUGUUGAUCAAUUCAAAAAGCAGUUUGCUCAGGUUGAGGAAACUGGUGGCAAAAGUCCUGUUAUGCCACCUGAAAGAAAGCAUGUAUCACUUCCCAGGUCAACAAUUAUACAUUCAAAUAUAGUACCCUCAAAAGAGCAAUCAAUUAUUGCAUCCAGCAAAAUCAGGCAAACGACUGAGGAAUACAACAAUAAUUCCAGGGAUACAGAAAAUCUUGCGCCAAGGUCCAUUCAGGGUCUGCAAAAAUUUUCACUUGCAAAACCUGGAAAAGUUGUUGGGCCAGUUAUUCCAUACGAGUAUGCUAGUGUUGUUAAGGGUUCAUAUGAGCCUAGGUCAUUUAUGAGAGAUUCGGUUCUUCCUUCUCAACCUACUCCUCCCACGAAUCAUUAUCAAAGGUUAACUUCUGGGAAACAAGAAAGGUCAGCAGCAGAAGCUGACAAGAGUGUGUCUUUACAAUCAAAACUUGCACAGCAAUGUUGUGUGAAUGCCAAAAUAGCACCAGACAUAGCUAUAAAUAUUGAUUCGAAUCCUUUUUUCAUGACACGAGCAGGAGUAAACAAGAUAGAGCAGGAUGACCUAAUAGCCAUUGACUCAAAGUUGCUGCAAUCCAAGGCUCAUCAAUAUGGUGGUGGGAUUAGUACAACUGCUCAUAGAAAGGUUGGACCGGUUCAAGGGAUCCGAGUGGGUCUGAGCACAUGGAGUCCCAUAUGCCCAACACAACCAAAUCUCUCAUACAAUCCCAAUGACCCAAUCCGCCGAUUGAAGGGAGGGUUUUGUGGGGCUCAAGGUGGGGUCACUGGGAAACAAACACGUGGCACUCAUGCGAAGAGUGGUGAUGCAGAUCAUAUGGCAUAUGAGAGAGAAGAGAAGAGAAGAGAAGAGAGUGGAGAGGCACAUGGGUGGGUGUUAGGUUCAAGGAAUUCAUGUGAGCACAUGUGCUUCCUCUCCUUUGUUUUGUGCCUGUGGGACCAUCUUUUAUGCUCUCACAUCUCCACUCCUCAACGGGGUUGCAUAUCAGUCACACUUGUAAACUUUAUACUUUCACCUUUACCUCAUUUCAAUCUUACGAGCUAA